AUGAACUGCCCGUCCCGGACCGACAAUGGUAUGCUGCGUGAUGGGUGGAAUCAGAGCCCACGCUUCCUCGCUUCUGAUGUGACUACACGCCAAGACCUCGGUAGCAUUUCAAACGCCCGUGAAAAGCAAAACGACGAAGGUGGUACAGGCGUAAUACGGGGAAGCUCUAAUUGGAUGGGUGUUCUCCCGCUGGGAGAAAAGAAUGCGGCCAAUGAUCUCGCUUCAGGACGCGAGGCGUCCCUGACAUUGUCAGGACGCCUCGCUCCCCACCAAACCAAAACCGACCUCGGUCACCAAAGAUUGGGUGCGGACGACGUUGUUCUUCCGACAUAUCAAAGCAUCAAAGAUUGGGCCUUGUGGCUCCUCUCAGUGCUUUUUGUCUCAGCUCUGAUUUCAUUCGACACCUUGAAGAAACGCUUCACUUCCAAAGAGUCGCUUGUGCUAGAAGAAACAAUUGAACAGUACCCAGUAUCCGCGAAACGAUCAAGCUGUGCCCAAGGAGGGGUUCGUGGCGAUGCGUAUGACCUGCCGCUGCAUGUCGCAGCCCUCUUCAUCAUUUUGGGCACUUCGACCAUUGCAUGCGCAUUCCCAAUUCUCGCUACUCGUUUCCCUCGAAUGCACAUUCCGCCGUCAUUUUUGUUCUUCGUCAGCCACUUUGGAACUGGUGUCUUGAUCGCCACCGCAUUUGUGCACCUCCUUCCAACUGCGUUCACUUCUCUGGGAGAUCCGUGUCUCUCCCAUUUCUGGACGAAUGACUACCCUGCUAUGCCGGGUGCCAUUGCAUUGGGUGGCAUCUUCUUCGUAACAGUCAUUGAAAUGGUGUUCAGCCCGGCCCAAAGUAUUUGCCGUGGGGGAAACCAGGCUUCAGCUCAGAGGCCGACUUCUUCGGCUCGAGUUUCAGCGGAAGCCACAAUUCCAUCAUGCGAUGAGCUCAGGUGCCCCGAAAAUUGUAUAGAGCGAAGCCCGCGUUCUGCUGGCAUGGAAGGCCGACCCCAUCUGCGGGAUAUGGGUCCAUUGAUUGGACGGUCUGCGAGUAUAAGCAGAACUAUUCAUCGUAUGGGAGAUGGCACCGACGAAAUUGUCCGAGUUUCUUCUGUGCCCGAUAUCGAAACUCAUCAUGAAAAGGAGAAUGGGACCAUCCAGUCCGAUGUGGAGCGUCACGAUGACUCCUUCGAUCUCACCCCGGAACAGAAGCAGAGGAAGGAAACGAUGCAGGUUUACCUCCUCGAGAUGGGCAUCCUUUUCCACAGUGUGUUUAUCGGCAUGUCGCUCAGUGUGUCAGUUGGUAAUGAAUUCGUGAUCUUGUUGAUUGCCAUUGUAUUUCAUCAAACAUUCGAAGGUCUAGCACUGGGAUCUCGCAUUUCCGCACUUCCUUGGUCAGAGAAACAACUCCAGCCAUGGAUCAUGUCACUUGCUUAUGGUUGCACGACUCCGAUCGGCCAGGCAAUUGGUCUCGCAACACAUACACUUUACAGUCCCGAUUCAGAGGUCGGUCUGCUUGUCGUUGGUAUCAUGAAUGCCAUUUCUGCCGGGCUUCUCAUCUUCGCCUCCCUUGUAGAGUUGAUGUCAGAAGACUUUCUUAGUGACGAAAGCUGGCGCAUCCUUCGUGGGAAAAGAAGAGUAUACGCCUGUAUACUGGUGUUCAUGGGGGCUUUUUGUAUGAGCAUCGUCGGAGCCUGGGCCUAA